AGUGGCCCUUCGUCUCCCCCACGCUGGACCCCGCUGGCUGCCAUUUUGGCGCCCAGCACCAUCACCAUGGCAUCGGCGGAGUCCAUCAUCCGCAUCCCCCCGUACCAUUUCAUCCACGUCCUCGAUCAGAACAGCAACGUGUCCCGCGUCGAGGUUGGGCCCCGGACCUACAUCCGCCAGGACAAUGAGAGGGUACUGUUCGCCCCAGUCCGUAUGGUGACGGUCCCACCCCGCCAUUACUGCACGGUGGCCAACCCCGUGGCCCGAGACGCCGAAGGCUCCGUGCUCUUCAGUGAGGCCACGGGACAGGUGCGUCUGCGGCACGCCGACCUGGAGAUCCGGCUCGCCCAGGACCCUUUCCCACUUUACCCCGGAGAGGAGCUGAAGCAGGAUAUCACCCCCCUGCAAGUAGUGCUUCCCAACGCCGCCCUGCAUCUGAAGGCCCUGCUCGACUUUGAAACUGAGAGCGGGGACAAGUUUGUGGCUGGUGACGAGUGGUUAUUCGAAGGGCCUGGCACUUAUAUCCCGCAGAAGGAGGUGGAGGUGGUGGAGAGGAUCCAGGCGACGGUGAUCCGGCAGAACCAGGCCCUGAGGCUGCGGGCCAGGAAGGAAUGUCGGGACCGGGAAGGGGAGAAGAGAGUGACAGGAGAAGAGUGGCUGGUACGCUCAGUGGGCGCUUACCUGCCAUCUGUGUACGAAGAGGUGCUGGAUCUGGUGGACGCCGUCAUCCUUACGGAGAAGAUGGCCCUUCACCUGCGGGCCCGGCAGAAUUUCCAGGACAUCCGGGGGGUGGCCCGCCGCACCGGAGAAGAGUGGCUGGUGACCCUGGAAGAGACGGAAGCCCACGUCCCCGACGUCUGCGAAGAAGUGCUGGGCCUGGUGACGGUCACUACCCUGGGCCCACGCAGCUACUGCGUCAUCCUAGACCCCAUGGGCCCCGAUGGCAAGAACCAGCUUGGACACAAGCGCGUCGUCAAGGGGGAGAAAUCAUUCUUCUUGCAGCCCGGGGAGUCCCUGGAACGGGGCAUCCAGGAGGUGUUUGUGCUGGCAGAGGAGGAGGGGCUGCUUCUGAGAGCCCUGCAGGCCCUGGAGAAAGGGGAAGGGGGCGAAGGAGUGGGAGACGAGAGGGAGAGACGGGCUGGAGACCGCUGGCUGAUCCGGGGGCCCCUGGAAUACGUGCCCUCGGCCAAGGUGGAGGUGCUGGAGAGACGCCGGGCCAUCCCGCUGGACGAGAACGAGGGCAUCUACGUGCGAGACGUCAAGACUGGAAAGGUCCGGGCGGUGGUCGGCAGCACCUACAUGCUGACCCAGGACGAAGAGCUGUGGGAAAAGGAGCUGCCGGCCGGCGUGGAGGAGCUGUUGGGCUCCGGACUGGACCCCCUGGCCGACCGAGGCGGGGCAGGGAUGAAGACAAGUUCCCACCCUCCCCGGGACAAGACCCGGGUGGUCAGCUAUCGGGUCCCCCACAACGCAGCCGUCCAAGUCUACGACUACAGGGAUAAGAAGGCCCGGGUGGUCUUCGGGCCAGAGCUGGUGUCCCUGGGUCCCGAGGAGCAGUUCACGGUGAUGUCCCUGUCAGCCGGGCGGCCCAAGAGGCCCCACGCCCGCCGAGCCCUCUGUCUGCUGCUCGGCCCCGAUUUCUGCACGGACGUCAUCACCAUCGAGACCGCCGACCAUGCCCGUCUGCAGCUGCAGCUCGCCUACAACUGGCACUUUGAAGUGAAGGAUCAGACCAGCGCCCACGAGGCCGCCCGGCUUUUCUCGGUCCCGGACUUCGUGGGCGACGCUUGCAAGGCCAUCGCUUCGCGGGUGCGGGGCACCGUGGCCUCCGUCACCUUCGACGACUUCCACAAGAACUCGGCCCGCAUCAUCCGGGCCGCCGUCUUCGGCUACGGGGUCCCGGAGGGGCUGGGGGGCGAGGCCGGAGCCUCGCCCCCGCCUCGGGAUCGGGCUGUCUUCCCCCAGAACGGGCUGGUGGUCAGCAGCGUCGACGUCCAGUCCGUGGAGCCUGUGGACCAGCGGACCCGGGACGCCCUGCAACGCAGCGUGCAGCUGGCCAUUGAAAUCACCACCAAUUCACAGGAAGCCGCUGCCAGGCACGAGGCUCAGAGGCUGGAACAAGAGGCGAGGGGAAGGCUGGAGCGUCAGAAGAUCUUGGACCGGGCAGAGGCUGAGAGAGCACGGAAGGAACUUCUGCAGCUGGAAGCCCUGAGCACGGCCGUGGAGAGCACCGGGGUGGCGAAAGCCGAAGCUCAGUCCCGGGCAGAGGCCGCUCGGAUCGAGGGCGAAGGAGCCGUGCUGCAAGCCAAGCUGAAGGCUGAGGCCUUGGCCAUCGAAACCGAGGCAGAACUGCAGAGGCUGCAGAAAGCCCGGGAGCAGGAGCUGACGUACUCCCAGGCCCAGGCCGAGCUGGAGCUGAGCAAGGCCGAGAGGCUGGCGCAAGUCGAGGUGAAAAAGUUCAAGGAGAUGACCGAGGCCCUCGGGACCAGUACCAUCCGGGACAUCGCCCUGGCCGGACCUGAGCUGCAGGUUAAACUGCUCCAGGGCCUGGGACUGAAGUCAACUCUCAUCACCGAUGGCUCUUCCCCCAUUAACCUCUUCAGCACAGCCAGGGGUAUGUUGGGGCUCGUGGCCCCAGAAGCCGGGGAGCGCAAGGAGGUAGAGUGACAACCCUCGGGAUCUCCCCUCCGGAGAGCCAGACUCCGCUCUGGGCUCGGCUUUCCGUCCUCAGCGUCCUAGGAGUCACUGAGUCCGUGUGCCUUAUCCCCACGUUGAACAAUAAAACUGUCGACCCAUCCUCCUA